CGAAAUGCACCCUCGGUCACCUGACUCCCAUGGCCAACACCCCUCCAUGUCUGCCCCGUAUCCCCCCACCCCCAGGGCACCCCAGACAGACACUCGGCGAACAGCGCGUGGUCCAGGGCCCCAGCCUCCCGUUGACCUCUUGCGUCCUUCCUCCCGCGCUGGGCCGGCCUAAGCGCGGCUUCCCCCUCCGCCGCCCUGCGGUGGUACAGCCCGCCGCGGCCCAGGCCGAGAGGAACGGUCCACUGAGCUGCGGCGCGGGGGUCGGGAAGAACCGCUCGGGGCGGAGGGAUCCCUCUGGAACGUCUGAGUCGGCUCCACGGGGCGCGGGGCGGCGCGGAUUGGCCGCGAGCCCCGGACGGCCGCCGCUGAUUGGCCGGGCGCCGGCCCCGCCCCUCCUGGCCGUGGCUGCGGGAGCGGCCGGGGCCGGAGCCUGCGGAGGGCCGAGCCGGGGGCUCGCGAGGCGGCGGUGGCUGCGCAGAUGAGGAAACUGAGGCCCUGUGAAAUGAAGUGACCUGCCCACGGCCACACAGCUGGAUCACUCUGGCUGCUGUGCUGACAAGAGACCGUGGGGGGCAACGACAGGAGCUGGUGACCAAGAGGAAGUGACGGCAUCAGUCUCGAUCUUCCUGGGUGCGCCCCCCGCUUCUCACUGCUAAUGCCGCUGGGACUGGGGCGGCGGAAAAAGGCGCCGCCUUUGGUGGAAAAUGAGGAGGCUGAGCCGGGCCGUGGUGGGCUGGGCGUGGGGGAGCCGGGGCCCCUGGGUGGGGGUGGGGCAGGGGCACCCCAAAGGGGCCUGCCCCCCCCUCCCCCGGCCCUGCGGCCUCGCCUCGUGUUCCACACCCAGCUGGCCCACGGCAGCCCCACCGGCCGCAUCGAGGGCUUCACCAACGUCAAGGAGCUGUACGGCAAGAUCGCCGAGGCCUUCCGCCUGCCGGCUGCCGAGGUGAUGUUCUGCACCCUCAACACCCACAAAGUGGACAUGGACAAGCUCCUGGGGGGCCAGAUCGGGCUGGAGGACUUCAUCUUCGCCCACGUCAAGGGCCAGCGCAAGGAGGUGGAGGUGUUCAAGUCCGAGGAGGCGCUGGGGCUCACCAUCACGGACAACGGGGCGGGCUACGCCUUCAUCAAGCGCAUCAAGGAGGGCAGCGUGAUCGACCACCUGCAGGUCGUCAGCGUGGGCGACAUGAUCGAGGCCAUCAACGGGCAGAGCCUGCUGGGCUGCCGGCACUACGAGGUGGCCCGGCUGCUCAAGGAGCUGCCCCGCGGCCGCGCCUUCACGCUGAAGCUCACGGAGCCCCGCAAGGCCUUCGACAUGAUCAGCCAGCGCUCCGGGGGUGGCCGCCCUGGCUCCGGCCCCCAGCUGGGCACCGGCCGAGGGACACUGCGUCUCCGCUCCCGGGGCCCGGCCACAGUGGAGGACCUGCCCUCGGCCUUUGAAGAGAAGGCGAUUGAGAAGGUGGACGACCUGCUGGAGAGUUACAUGGGCAUCAGGGACACAGAGCUGGCGGCCACCAUGGUGGAGUUAGGAAAAGACAAAAGGAACCCAGACGAGCUGGCGGAGGCCCUGGACGAAGGGCUCGGCGACUUUGCCUUCCCGGACGAGUUUGUCUUUGACGUCUGGGGUGCCAUUGGCGAUGCGAAGGUCGGCCGCUACUAGGCAUCCUGCCGAGCCCGCAAGGACCAGCGCGUGGCCUGGUGGGGGGGGGGGGACCCUCCAGAGGGGGCCCCAAGCCCUGGACCCCAGCAUCCGGCUUGGGCCUGGCCAGGCAGCCCGAGGGCCACGCGGAGUGGAGGUGGGCCGGGCCCUGCCCUUCUCCGAUCGGUACCACCCCCUCCCCGUUUCUCAGCCUGGCUGGGAUCCCCAGGCCCCCCCACAUCCCACUCCCCACCUACCUCAGCCGGGUCAGGCAUGGGGAGGAACCAGCCAAAUUGGACGCCCCACCCCCACCCCCGCCCCCAACACUUUCCACAUCAGCUGCCAAACUGGUCCCUCUGUCUCCCUGGGGCCUCGGGUUCUGUUUGGGGGUUGUGACCUCCUUAAUUUCCUGCUGCAGGGAAUGCAGAAGGGGGGUGUCUCCCUUUAGCAAAUGCAAUAAUACCUUCUCCCCGUCCCCCAAAGAACCCCCCCUGGAGUCUGUUACCUCCACAUUUGAAACAAAUCUGCUGUGAAGCCCCCCACCCUCCCCGGCCUCUCCCUCUGCCCAGCCCCCCCGACGGACUGGAGCGGGAGGGACAAUGGCGGGGUGGGUGGGGACUUUUGUAUCUGAAUUUGCCGUCUUGAACAUAAAGAAUCUAUCUGCUA